CGCGUGUGUAGUAGUAGAUCACAACAAAGCAACGAAAAUUCAUUCAUAGCAUUAUAUGCGGCUAACUGAAAGCGUGUUUGUUCAGGAAAAACGUGUGUGUUUGUUUACUACCAAUACAAGCGGAGCAAAAUUGAGGACGGAGUGAAGGAAUACGGUAGUUGAUUGACCUAGGUAUAAACCCACAACAAUGGCUGAUGAUACUGAAACAAAAGUGAUCCAACCUGGAAAAGGAGAAGGUGAUGGGGAAAGCAAACCUGCAGCUGUUCCUAACCCUAAAACGAGCCUCUUUACUCCAGAAGUACCAAACGGUGCCCCAACUUCCAAAGACCGUAUCACUCUUGAGCCAACCAUGAGUCUCGUCAAUGGUGUCACCAUCAUUAUUGGAAUCAUUAUUGGUUCCGGUAUCUUCAUAUCGCCGCAGGUUGUCCUCUCAAACACAGGAUCAGUCGGACUUUCACUUCUAGUUUGGACAUUUUGCGGUGUCUUUUCGCUGGUUGGAGCCUUGUGUUACGGGGAACUUGGUACUGCAAUAAAGAUGUCCGGCGGAGACUAUGCAUACUUCCUCAGGGCUUUUGGGCAACUACCUGCUUUCCUUUUGUUGUGGGUAACAAUCUUGAUUGUCAGGCCGACAGCCCAAGCUAUUGUUGCGAUCACCUUUGGUAGAUACCUUCUGGAACCAUUCUUUGGCUCUGAUUGUGGAAGCCCUGAAAGCGCUAUCCGGUUACUUGCUGCUCUCUGCAUUU